AUGCAGGCAGCUAUAGCUCAUCUACAUUCCCUGUCUAUUCAGAUUCAUUCCUAUCUGGACGAUUCCCUUCUCAAGGAAUUUUGCCCAAUCAAAUUGAGGGUUCAGACAGAUUUGGUCAUCAAUUGUUUUCUGUCCCUAGGCUUCCUUAUCUCUUGGAAAAAGUCAGAGAUAAUUCCGUCUCAAGACUUUGUUUUCCUGGGAGAACAUUUCCUAACCAGUGUAGGCCUAGUCCUCCCACCAGAGGAGAAAUUUACAAAACUAUGUCAGAAAAUACAUUUAUUCCUGACGGUUCAAUCAGUCACAGCACGUCAAUUCUUGCAACUUCUGGGUCUAUUGAACUCUCUGGCAGAUGUAAUUCCAUUGGGACGACUUCACAUUCGUCCGCUUCAGUUUUAUCUGCACAAGUUAUGGAUUGCAGCUUCACAAGAAUGGGAAGCAUUGAUUCCAAUCACUCAGCCUUUAUUUCCACACCUUCAAUGGUGGUUAGUACGGGAAAAUGUAAUGAGGGGCCUAUGUCUGUCCCCUCAAGUUCCCAGUCUAACAUUAUUCACAGAUGCCUCCACCCUCGGUUUGGGAGCAUAUCUGGAGGGGCUUACAAUCUCGGGAGUCUGGAGUCCAGAUCUUUUGGAAGAGCAUAUCAAUGUAUUGGAAAUGAAAGCAGUUAUGUUUGCACUGAAUCAUUUCCAAAUGUCUCUAAAGAAUCAGUCUGUCAUUCUGGCCACGGACAACACAACAGUUGUAGCUUAUCUCAAGAAUCAGGGAGGAACUCAUUCACCUUCUCUUUAUCAGAUAGCCAGAGACAUUCUCCUUCUGUGUUUUCAACUCCAGGUUCAUCUAGUGGUGAGACAUAUUGCGGGGCACCUCAAUAUUCUUGCCGACACUCUAUCCAGAUCCCUUGCUCCAGUAAACCCGGAGUGGGAACUACUUCAAGUAGUUUUCAAAGCUGUGACUCUUCAUUGGGGGUCACCUCAGAUAGAUCUGUUUGCGACCAGUCUCAAUCACAAACUUCUAACAUUUGUGUCUCCGGUUCCAGAUCCAAAAUCUUUUGCGGUAGACGCAAUGAGCCUAUCUUGGAAAGGAAUGUUCGGGUACGCCUUCCCUCCUUUCUCUCCCCAGUACUUCAGAAAAUAG